GUGCCUGCUUUUUAAUCACCAACAAUAACGUGGAAGCAAAAGUGGUUUGAAAUUAAGCUUAAAAAAAAAUAGUUCAGAGAAUGUUCUCUAACACCUGGAUUUCUUAGAAGGAAAUAUUCCUUUGAUGAGUCUCCCUAAAACCCAGGGCGCUUUCUUAGGUCGUUGCAGAGACUAUCUACUCCAAGGCAAUUUAACUCCUUGAACUUUGCUCUGCAAUUAUUUGGCUGUUUGCAAAGAACCUCCUCGCUUUCCCCGAGCCCUCCAUCGAAAGAGCGAAUGUGGUGGCGAAGGCAUGGCAAUAUAUAAAUAUGGGCAUUACUUUUGCCCUGCCCUUGAAGCCGAGUCUAAAGAAAGAGGAGGAAGGCAACGAAAGCAAGGCAACGCAAUGCCGCCCGUAAAUAUUGCGCCUCAGGAGACGGCGGGGCCACAUUGACGAAGGGAGCACAAAGGCGAGCGCCUCAGAGCCUCGCGCUUCCGCUGUGUAGCCGGGAGGAGGAGAGCGGGAGAAGGUGGAGUUGGCGCCGGGACUUGGCUCCGCUCCCACCCAACCCUCGCCCUCGCCUCUUCCCUCCCUCAGCGACUCAGGAGCGUCUGCGCCGUUGAACUCUAGCUGCCCGCGCGCUAUAAAGUUAAGGGCCGAGCCGAGGGCGAGCACUCCGCUCGGCUGAGGGGCGGAAGCGGCGAGCUUUUCCCGCUCUUUCCAGCCCUCUUUCUCCAGCCGCCUCCCUUUGGAGCCAUGGCGUGCGUGGAAAGAUGCCGCUGCUGCACGGGCAGCCGGCGGCAGAGCAGCAUCCUCUACAACAUCCUGAAAAGCGAGGAGCAGCGGCAGCAGCAGCGGCGGCAGGCGGGAAGCGAGCAGCCGCCUCCUCCUCCACCGCCGCCGCCGCCUCCUCCACCGCUUAGUCCGGGCGGGCACGCGGCGUGUCCCGGCUGCUCGUGCGGCUUGCAGAAGCGCGUGGCUUUGCAGAGCCCGCAGGUGGCGUGCAAGGCGGCUUCGGCGGUGCUGGUGAAGACGCUGCGCUUCGUCAAGAACGUGCCCAGCUUCCAGGAGCUGCCCCUGGACGAGCAGCUGGUGCUGGUGCGCAGCUCCUGGGCUCCGCUGCUGGUGCUGGGGCUGGCUCAGGACCGCGUGCACUUCGAAACGGUGGAGACCACCGAGCCCAGCAUGCUGCAAAGGAUCUUGACCGAGAAGCGGGCCGAAGAGCAGAGGCAGCAGCAGCAGCAGCUGCAGCACCGGCAACGGCGGCAGCCGCAGCACCAUUUCCUGCUGCUGCACAAGACGCAGGAGAAGCUGGCGGCGGCGGCGGCGACCUGUGGCAGCAGCAGUAGCAGUAACAGCAGCAGCCCGAAGCUCCCGUCGGCAGAGGAGAUCGAAGCCAUCCAAAGCUUCCUGGGCAAGUGCUGGAGCCUGGACAUUACCACCAAGGAGUACGCCUACCUCAAGGGGACGGUGCUCUUCAAUCCGGGUAAGCGCGGGGAAUUUGGCGGGAAAGAAGCGCGGGGAGUUGGGGGCGAGACAUGGGUCACGGCUAGCUUCUCUUUCUACCCCCCGGCAUUGCCAUGUUAGCACAGACAUCACCUGUUGGAUUUCUUCAGCUGGUUUCCUCCUGCCAAGUAGCUACGAAUAGCGCAGAAGCUCUGUUUAAAAAGCCUGAUUUUUUUGGGGGGGGGGGGAGGGAUAGGUGUCGUGGUAGUUGGUCCUGCCUUCUUGCCUUUAUUUCUAAAGCUAAGAAAGUAGAUACCUUGCUUGAACAUCACCUCAGAAGGUGAAUUAGUGUGAUGGCAACUCAAGUUUUGUUUUGCUGAGACUCUGGAAAGUCUUAGAGCAGUGGUUCCCAACAUUUUUUUUGGCCAUGCUCUACCUCAGCAUCUCUAAAAUCCUGAUGAUCCAAACCACCCCCACCCCCGUGACAUAUAAUUCUUAUUAUUCAAAAAGAACUCCUAUUCAAGUGGAGGAAGACUAAAAGGCCAUUAACUGUUAAUAACUUGUUCUUGAAUUGCCUCCCUUAAAAAUCAAAUUGCCCCCCUGCUCUGCAUUGGGAACUGUAGUCUUCAAGGGUUUUCAUUGCGCUAGCGACAGGCAGACUUGACAAGAAAGGGGAAAGGGUCAGAACUCUCUCUACCUGUUCUGUUCAAGGAAAUUUCCCCCAAAACAUGGGCUAUGAAAUAUCCUCGGAAAGUAACAAAAGUGCAAUAAAGCAUACUAGUAGGCUCGGCUUUUUGGGGAGAGAGAAUAAAAACAGUUUCCAUGUGCUCUUUUAGUUUCCUGUUGCUUAGCCUGGCUGAACAGCAUCCAGUUUUAUGUUCAGAAAAACAGACCGCACAUGGAGUUUUUUUCCUGGAUAAACCUGUUUAAUGCUGGGCUGCAAAGCUAAGAACAUCUUCAUUUUGUCAUCUCUCUUUCUCUCCUUCAGACUUGCUUAUAAAACAGGGAUUCUGAAAGACCCUCAUGAGCAAAGUUUUUCUUGUCUAGAAACUCCCUGUACUGUGGUGUUUAAGGGUAGAGGGUGUUUUAUUGUGUAUUAAAUAUAUAGAUUCACUUAGGGACUGAAUGAUUGUACUGAAUUGUAAGGAAACAUGUUCAAAUACCUCAUUUUGAAACGUUCUAAAAAGUUAUUUUCAGGGGAAAUUGCUACUUUGACCAUUAAACUAACACAUCUAGUGGAUACUAAUAAUUAACGUGUAAUAAUUUAUACUAAAUAAAUAGUAAUGUAGAAGAAAGGAGAAAGAAAUGAAAUUAUUUGUAAUUAUAAAAGGGUCAAAUGAAUUAAGCACAUUUUAAAAAUGGUUUAAGAAGUCAGAACCAGAGAUGCUGCCUUAAGGCAUUAGAAAAUAUUUACAUUACAUUCAGAGCUUUUUUAUUUGCAUUGUAGAACCUUGGAAGUAUGGCUGUCUGCAGUGCACAUUUUAAUAUGAAUGAUACUGGCUGUCAACAGUUUGUGGGCAAGCCUUCUUUUCUCUCUUGCUCUCUCCCUACCAUGCUAUCUUUGUCAAUUUGUGAACAUUUUUAUUUCUAAAAGCAGAUUGGUGAGUUUUAUAACUGAUAGGUUUAGACAUAUUUGUUAGAGAAGUUAAUAAAUUUUGUAGAAAGUGUCAUUUGUUCUUAGUAGUGGGUGGGCGUGUCCUCUGUUCCCUGAAAUGAGCAUGAAAAAUUCCAUUUUGUAAAAAGAAAUAGAGUUGCAGACUUCACAACACAUGCUUCAUGUAUUGUGUUUAUAUUCUUAUAGUGGUAUGAUGACUAUCAGACUUGUCUUGCUACUAAAAGUUCAGUGAAAUACUUUUUUGUUCUCCGUUAAUUCUGAUUACUUUCCAGCCAUUUUGCACAGUGGAGUAAGUCACUUCCAAUUGUGUAUAUUACAGAUAAAAAGGUAUUAUGAAGAGAGGACUUAAUGUUCAUGUGUUUUCUUUUUACCCUUCUAGAUCUGCCUGGGCUGCAGUGUGUACAGUACAUCCAGGGACUGCAGCAAGAAGCACAGCAAGCCCUAAAUGAACAUGUCAGAAUGAUUCACAGAGGGGACCAGACUAGAUUUGCCAAACUGAAUGCGGCUCUGUCUAUGCUCGGAUCUAUUAAUGCUAAUGUUAUUUCCGAACUUUUCUUUAGGCCUAUCAUUGGAACAGUGAAUAUGGAUGACAUGCUGUUGGAGAUGCUUUGUGCAAAAUUAUGAAGCCAUGUGUGAAUUAUAACUACAUAAUAGAGCAAUCCAACAUGAAAUGUCCCACAACAGAGUAGUGUAAAGUAUUGUAAAAUAAACUAACUUAUUGUUUUUACAUAGAUAGUAUUUUUGUAUUCAGUAAUAAAAUAUUAUUUGAGUGCUCUUAGCUCUUAUUAAAUACUCAUACCUUGAAAAGUUCCAGCAACAUAUUGCAGCCCUUAAAAAAAGAAAGAACUGUGUAAUCCAAUGCAUGUUACUUCUAAGUAAGCCCCAUUGUGUUCAGUGGAGCCUACUCUGGGCAAGUGUGCAUAGGAUUUAAGCCACAAAGUGCAACUAUACAUGUUUACUUGAACUAAGUCCCACUAUAUAGUCAGUGGAACUUAUUCCCAGGUAAGUGUGCAUAGGAUUUCAGUUUAGUUUCCAAAGCAGAGUGAAUAUUCUUUGGUAUAUCUUUAACUGAAACUUAGACAGAUCCGUGUAUUGUGUUCAAAAUAGGAAGUCUCUCUUUUCCGUUAUGUCAUUCAUUGUUAUGAUCCUAUAUUCUUGGAACGCAUGCAAGACCAAAUAUGGUGUAAUGUUCUACCUUUUCAUAUUUAUCCUGACAAGUUAUUUCAUAUUUUUUUUUACUUAAGGGACUUUGGAUAGACUUUAUUAUAUCAGGAGAGGUUGGAAUCCCAAGAGCAGUGUUUGGAUCAGGUCAAUGGGUGAAGAAGAUUGUUUUCACUACACAAGUUAUUUUAAAGACAUACUAUUUGCAUUUAUGUAGACUGGGAAAAAGCCUGAUAUGUAAGUGUUGGCUGCAAGAGAUUCAAUACCAUGUAUAUUUGAAGCUGGAACCAACUCUAUCCUGUAAACACAGUAAAUUGUAACAAAGUUGUAAGAAUUGUAAAUUAAUGCAAACAAUUUAUUUUUUUUCUUGCAUGUUGUCUACAUAGGCUGAGUCAUUUAUCAUAAACUUGUGGACAAAAGCAUCCUUGAAAUCAGUGGCGUUAAUCUAAAAAUUGAAUCAUUGUUGCAAGGAUUAUAAUAUUUAUGCACUACUCUUACUUUGUCUUAAAAACAUCACAUGCUGUUUCUGUUUGCAAACAAAUUUCCUUAAUUCUAUGUCAGUUUACAUGGUGCGGUCACCUUCCAACACAAAACUUGAUCAUAUACCAGUAAUUGGUGAACCUUUUUCCAGGUUUCCAAACUACAUUUGUACUUCCUAUAAAUACACCACAGUAAAGUCACUAUAAGCUAGAUGCAGUAAUUAAUGGAUAGGGAACAAAUAAUGCAUUAAAAAUACUGCUAUAGUUAUGUCACAUAGAUACAUGCUGCAUAUUGCUGUUCUGUGCUGCAUCCAAAUCUACUGAGUGGUUUUAGAAAAGGACUAAAGUUUCUGUUUGGAACAGAAAGAAAGAGAGAGAAUGCAAAAUGACUAAAUUUUGUAACUAGGUACAUUUGUGUAGGUGUGAUAAUAAUAGAAAACCACUAGAAUAUGUACUGCAGGCCUGCAGAAUAUGUGACUCCUGAAACCAAAUGUUCUCCAUCAGCCAUGGGUGUGUAACAUGCAACCAGGGAAAUAAAAUGUUUGCUGACAGCUUGAGAUCGGGGUGAUUGAGCACGAGGAAGACUGAUUUAUAUCUCACAAGUUUGACAGGCAUUGAUGAAAGUUUUUUUAAUUGCGUACAAAUGCACAAAGGUUAGGUAAAUGUCCCUGUAAUGAACAUAUGUUUUCUUAUUAAAUUUAGGGUUAGGGUCUAGCUCUGGAUUUGUGUAGGGUUUACUCCUUAGCCUUUUCUUUUCCCAAAGACAUCUCUCAAGGCAGCAGAGGUUUAGGAACAGUUUUUCUUCUAGAUGGGCUACUUUCCCAGGUUGAUAAGACCCAUCUGCCCUAUAUUAUGUUGCUGUUAAUUAGACAUCCUGAAACCUGGACAAAGUUCCUCCCAGCUAGCACAUAGAACACUGUAAUUAAUAUGCAUAUGUUGAUAACUUGCUCUUAUAAUUUACCAUUCCAGCAAGAAAGUGGCAUGCAACAUUUUAUAAUACAAUAAAUAGGAAUUAUAACCCUGGCAUUGAUGGGUUACAAAGGGGGAGAUGGGGAGACAUAUUCACCUCUGUCCUAUAACAGAAACUAAUGAGUAUAAGCUGACUUACACACAGAUUGGGACCCUACACACACUUAUCUGGAAGUCUGAAAUAUAAUGAGCUUACUCUGGACUAGACAUAUAUGGGUUUGUACUGUCGGCUACUCUGUGAAACUGGAAUCUGCACACAGUAGGGUAGUGCUCUAUGCCGCUAGCAAACAUUGUGUUCAUGGUUCCUGAUGCUGGGCUAUGAACCAUACAUGCAGCAUAUGGUCCCUGCAAAUUGACAUGAUAUUCAAUAUACACUUUUCUCAUUAGUGCUAUAAACAUCUUGCAGUGCAGAUGCCACUGUACGGUUGGCUGCAAUCCAAACAGGUAUGCUCGAGGGCUUGGAUAUUACCUUUUUCCCUUUGAAUGGCAGAGCCCAUAUAUCACAAACGGUAUUGCAGUUGGUGUGCGCGCAUGUAGGCUGUUGUUAAAGAAACUCAAGCCCAAACUUGCCAUGGAUACAGGGCACUCGUCAUGCGGUUCUUUUCAUCUUGGCCCUAGAUGAAUUCAAUUAUCUCUGGGCUGAGUCCAUUGUCUCAUGAAGCUCUGGUUUAAAAGAUACAAUGCACUACAGUAAUACCAUUAUUAAAUAUAAAAUACACUCUAUACGCUCAAAUCUAACAAAUAGUAGACAUCCAUGCAGCUUGUAACAAAAGUUCACUUUAAAGUCUAAUUCUUACUAAAGCAAGAUUAAUGCAAUACAGCACAUAGUUUGUCUUUUAAAAUAGUAACACUUCCCUCCCUUGUUGCGGUCCUCAUGAAAAUUCCCCUGACCCAUUCUGCAAUUAGCUAUGGAUUCUGGGUGAGGGGAAAUCACCCAUUGACUUAUUUAAUUUGUUUGGCUUUGAAGGAAUAUACAGUACAGUGAUACCUAGGGUUACAUACGCUUCAGGUUACAGACUCCGCUAACCCAGAAAUAUUACCUCAGGUUAAGAACUUUGCUUCAGGAUGAGAACAGAAACCGUGCUACGGCAGCAGCAGGAGGCCCCAUUAGCUAAAGUGGUGCUUCAGGUUAAGAGCAGUUUCAGGUUAAGAACGGACCUUCGGAACGAAUUAAGUACUUAACCCGAGGUACCACUGUAACUCCUUUCCCUGCAUGCUGGGAGCCUUAUGAAAAUUGGCUCCAUCUUCAUUAAAUAAGCAAAAACCACUGAUGUGAUUGCCAACUAUGCAUUUAGCAUCACAUGUAGUUAGGCUGUUACUUAUGAAAAUUAUGUGACAACUAGCUUGGGGGAACUCCAACACCCCCCUCUCCAAACCACUAAGCUACCUCAUGCAUGGAGACUGUUGAAAAAUGGGACAGAUGCUAUGCUAACAGAAUCCCUAUCCUGUUCUAAGCACCUACUGUAAUUUCAGAAGAACACACUCACAACAUGGCACAAAGGUGAAUGGACUCGUCAGGGCAAUAGAAUCCUGGUAGACCACCAUGCCAUCCCUACA